AUGGGUAAGCUUGAAGACAUUUGCGGGAAAUAUGUUUCGAAGCGAGAAGAACGUGAAAAAGUUCUGGAAGCGGUUGAGCGAUGUCUCAAGAAAGGCUAUGACUACGAAAAUAUGAAGGUUUUUUUUGUAAUUUAUGUCAUUUAUCCAUUAUGGAAUUUUCUUGAGCUCUUGUUGCUAUACUGAAAACAGUUUGUUUUGUUCAGUAUUCUGUAGCGUUUGAAGUUCAAAAGACUGUAUGAUCUUUGAACGAUUUUCUUCGUUAUUUUUGGAUUCACCUAUUUUUUUUUUCAGUAUAAGACUGUUCGAGAAAAAUCAUAAAGUAUUCAAAUGAAGAAAGACAAUCACCAUCUUUCAAAAAUCGUUUGAAGAGGUUGUUUUGAUUUGUUUUUGAAUUUUUCCAGUUCAUUAAGGUCCAGCAACAGGAAACGAAUAUUUUAACUGAUAAGGCUCACGCGGGACUAUAAACGAUUCACGUCAUCUUUUCAGGAAAGAGUUUAUUCGGCGCUCUCCGAUUCGCAAAAGGCAAAAAAAGUCGUCACCGCCGUUUGCGAUGAAUAUCCUCAGCUGCGGAAACGUGCGCGGGUAUAAUCCUUUGAAUAAAAAGAAUGAUACCAUCAAUUCCAUUUUCAGUUCGAGGAGAAGGACGAAAACAGAAGCAAACGCGAGAAACUGGAACGGGACAGAAGUCGCGAUCAGAAUGGCAAGAGCAAGGGUCGCGAAAAAGAAAAAGAAAGGGAAAAGGAAAACAGCAAACGGCUACGAGCGAAUCCCGAAGAAGACCAACGGGUUUCCUCCAGAGAAUUCGAACUUUUAAUAAUGAAAAUUUACAGGAAAAGGAGAAGAAGGAACGCCAUCGGCUGGCCCGUGAAGUUUAUCUGAACAAAUUGAAGGAGGACGAGAAAGAACGGACUUCGGUGGUCACUGAAGAGCAACUGAGGUUCGUUUUGAAGGGGAAAACAUGAUUUUCAUCGAAUUUGAAGUUGCUUAAGCUUCAUAGCACGGCUUUUCUCAUUUCAAACCGUUUUAUUGGAAAAUUAUAACAUUUUUUAAAGACCUUAAAGAAGCAUACUAUGAAUAAAAAAAAUUCAUUUUUGUUUAUAACUAGUUUAAUGCGAUUUGAAUCAUACACGGGAAAGUGGCGCCCUCUGGUGAACUCAUUCUUCAAAAUUUUUUCGUUUCUUUUUGAGAAAUGAAAAAUUUUAAUAACAUCGAAACAAGCUUCGAAUACUAGAAAACUGCUCUGAUUGAAAAGAAGGUUACAGAAAGCACCAAUGAUAAAUAUUCCCAGCUCUUCCCAACUUUUUUUUUAACUAGCCAGAAGUAAGAAUAAUCCUUCUAUCGUUUUUUCUUCAGAGCGAAAGAGCUGAUGUACAAAGCGCAGCAGGAGAUCGAGGAACGCAAAAGAGCGUUGGCCGUGGCUUCGGGUGCCCUCCCGCCAGUCGCCGCCAUCGAUCCCGAGGCGGCGGGACUCGCCCCGGUGGCCAAAGGGCUGGCCCUGAGGCCCCAGGAAGCCCUGAUGUUCAUGAACUACUCGAUGGAGAAGAAGAGUCGCGUCGAAGAGUUGAAGGUCCAGCCGAUAAUUAUAAAAUUGUUCUGCGGCACAAGCUAGAGUUCAUUCAGCGCUACUUUGAGAUAAUAUUCAAUACGAAUAGCGAAAUAGUGUGGAAAUUUGAGAGGUUCACACGAUUAAACUAACAGUGAUUGAAGUAUAGCUGUAGCCUCGAGGGAUCUCGAAAAACGUGACAAUUAACUCAUUGCUUUAAAAAACUACUGGUCGCAAGUAUAAUGGUUUCGAAGCCAUGAAAAAGAAUUAUUUUUCAGGCAAAACUGGCAAAAUCAGGCGCGGCGUCUCGUCUGGGCUCAAUAACCGGCAAAACUGGUCAAACAGCGCCGGAAAUCGCCAAAAAGGCGCCACAACAGAUACAGCUAGUCAAGCCGGUGCCACAACAGGAGGAAAAGACGGAUUCGAUCAUCGAGUACUUGGAUCCGCGCAUCGGAACUAAGCCGGCUGAGAGGUGAGUUGCGAGGAGGGGAAAUAUUUGAGGAUUAGAAAACCAUUGGAAUCCGAAUCUCGAAUCUGAUUAACUCGAAAGCGUUUAGCGAAUUUAGAACUUCGAAUUGAAGAGUGCUCUUGUAAUAAUUUGAUUUUUUCCAAUUGCUUUGAAAUUUACGAAUUAGGCAAAGUCAGAUCCUUUUUCCAAGAAAUUCUUCAACUCAUUCGCCAGAAAUUAUCAGAUUUCUCUGCGUCCUCUCAUUUUCGCGUCUAUACCUUGCCAAGAGAAAAGAGGGCGCAGAUAGGUCAUACCAUAAAUUAGCAACUACAGAACUCGAAUAAUCCGGAAGGAGGGGUUGACUUACAAAAAACUUGGAAAAGGAGUAAUAAAGUUAACUUCAACCUAAGGGGGUAGUUUUGGUAUUAACUAAAACAAGUUUUAACCUCAGGGAGGUACUGAUUCUAUUAAAAAUAGAUUUUGGAGGAGGGUUGGCUUUUUAAAUGAUGUGCCUAUAAAUGGGUCAUAUAUUUCAAAUGGUGGCAAAUUUCUGACAAAAAGAAGUACGAAAAUAUUAUCACGGUAUUAUUCAAGGAGACGUCGCGGAUUCGCCUUCCACGAGAAAGGAGAGUUUGAGAAGUUGGCCAACAAGCAGCGUGCAAUGGCGAAACUCGAAAAACUGCAGGUUAAAAUCCCAAGAUCUCACAUGGAAUCGGUUUUUCUUUCUAGUCCGAAGUCUCUUCGGCAGCUCAGUCGACUGGAAUCUCCUCUGCUGUCAAGUUAGCCAUGGUGACGCCUUCCAGCACCGCCCGUGUCGACAGCGGAGUCCCGGACAUCGAGUGGUGGGACUCGGUCGUCCUCGACAAAUUCAAGUUGGUUCUUUCGUUCCUCCUACAGAACCUCCUCUUCCCUUCUCAGUUACGACGAGAUCCCGGAUCUAAACGACGCCGAACGCUUCUCCGAAACUAUUUCCGAACUCGUCGAACAUCCGAUCUCUCUGCGACCACCGACCGAUCCUUUAGUUCCGCAGUACUUGAAGGUAUUUUUUGGCGUUUUCUUCUUACAAAAGCUUUCCAGGUCUAUCUGGCAUCAAAAAAUAAUUGAACUUUUCAGGUCUAUCUCACGUCGAAAGAACAACGAAAGAUUCGCCGGCAGAACCGGAAAGAGGCGCAGAAAGAGAAGACGGAGAAGAUUCGGUUGGGCCUUGAAAAAGCUCCUGAGCCGAAGGUUAGUAAAACGCUAGUUUUUUAGGAUUUAGUUGUAUAUUCAGGUCAAAAUUGGCAACCUGAUGAGAGUGCUGGGAAAUGAGGCGAUCCAGGAUCCGACGAAAAUGGAGGCUCACGUCAGGAAACAGAUGGCUGAGCGGCUCAAAAAGCAUGAACAGGUAGAAUUUUUGGAAGAAUGCUGCCCCUCAGGCCCAUUCAAGAGAUGAAUUAGCAAAAAUGAAGGGACCACUUGAGUAGUGCGGCAAGAUAGCAUUCAAGGAUCAGCUGCAGUGGAAAAGAAAAUACUAGAAGCUCUUUAAGACUCAUGAACAACGAGCAAAAAGAUGCCUAAAAUCGGAAAAAAAAAAGAUUUAUUCAUAAUAAGUAUCUAGGGAUCUCCUCAAGUGGUCAAUUGAACUUUCAUGAGCAUUACUAUUCGGAUUUCAUUUUUCUUUCAGUCAAACGCCGAUCGGAAGCUCAGCGACGAGCAGAAAGGAAUGAAGAAAACUAAACGAUUGGCCGAAGACACAUCCAUUUCCGUCCAUGUCUCCAUUUACAGGUUUCAAAAUGAUUUCAGACUCUUAAACCUCAUUUUUUAAUUAGUAUGUCAAAGGAUAGGUUCAGUUUAAGAAAAGAAGACGAAUUUUUCAGAUGACUGGCUAAUUUUUAGGAUUUUGCUUUUUCAAGCUUCUUAAUAAAUACAUGUUUUCUUUGUUGUAGAGUCAAGUCUCUUCUGCAUCCGUCGAAGAAGUUCAAAGUGGAGAUGAACGCCAAACAACUUCAGAUGACUGGAGUCGUCAUGCUGCACAAGACGAUGAACGUCGUCGUCGUCGAAGGAGGUUCGACUGAAAAAAACGAAUUUUUUUAGAUUUUUUAUAAUACAUUUUUUUAGGUCAUUGAUUUAACUGAAGGGUAGAGUAAUGACUGUGAUUCAAUAAGACAACUUUUCAAAAAGAUAGAGAAUUUUGAACCUUUUUUAUCUGAUCAACGCCGAACUCAAAUGGAGAGGUUAAAAGCCUUACCGAGGCUAAAGGGGUUUGAACUAUGCUUUCUAUCAGAAACUUUGAAAAACUCUUGACCAUUUUUAAAACGAGUAAAAUUUUUAGUUUGCUCUAAUUUACUAAAUUAUGACUACCCUAAAAGUUUUAAAUCAAAAAAUGGUCAUUCAGGACCAAAACAGCAAAAGUUCUACAAAAAUCUGAUGCUCAACCGCAUUAAAUGGACCGACGAGAUCAUUGGCCAGAAGAAAGACGCCGAGAAGGACGCUCCCGGCGAGAGGAAUGCAUGCGAAUUGGUAAGAUUCAGGCUACAUGUGAAGAAGAGCCACAUUGGCACACAGGAAUCUAGUUUCGAAAUAAGAUUUUUAUGCGGUCUGAAUUAGAUCGUUUUAAAAGAAAUUGCACACAAAUUGGUACCAAAAUCUCAUUUUUCACUCCUCGUUCUUUUUCAAGUCAUGUAGUUUCAUUGUGGGAAGCUGGAAAAGUCGAUCUGUUUUUUUUUGAUGGCUAAUUUAUGAAGUUUUUCGAAACUGUUCGAAAAAAAAUGAGCCUCUAUAAGGAACCAACCGAGUUUUCCCCUUCAUUAUUUGCCCCUAAAAUCGGUCCUGAAAGAUUUUUUUUUCAUUACAGGUAUGGGAAGGACAGGUGAAACGACGAUGCUUCCGAGAUUUCACCGUUCAUACGGCUACCCUGGAGAAACAGGUGAAAAACUUUGGGUUUUGAAAUAUUUUAUCAUUAUUUUCUUCAGGCCCGAGAAUUUUUCGAAAAACAUGCCGUCGCGCAGUACUGGGACCUGUGCUACAGUACAACCGUUCUUCUGGAAGGACAGGACAUUUUGCCGACUUGUUGA